CUGAGUGGAAAACUUUCGCUUUCCAGACUCCUGGACACUGAGCAGCCCUCCACAAUGGCCUGUGUGAGUCAGGUGCUGUGCAGCAGGAGCAGGUUUGUCAGCUACCUACCAGGGAUCCACGUGUUGGUGCACCGUGUGGCUGGAGCCAGAGCCUCCUCUGCUGCUGUCUCCUCAGGCUCCCACGACUGCACCACAGUGGUCCCCCCCCCUGUAGGAGUGCGGGGUCUGUGGCCUGACGAGAGUCCGAGGCCCACGCUGCCCUGGGACCAGAGCUUCCAUCUGCCUACGGGUUUGGACGGCUUCAGGGAGGACGUGGAGGGCCUGAGGGGGAGGCUGGCCAGCAGAGUGGCUCCGGACAUGCUGUCUCCUCCGUCCAGCAAAGAGGAACGGGAGCUGUCUCCUCCAGAGGAGCCGGCCUCUUCUCAGAGCAUGGACACAGCCCAGCAGUAUUUCAGCUCCUCCAGAGUGGAGUGUGCCGUACAGGCCUGCCCCGCCCUCUUCAAGAAAGAUUUACAGCUGCUGUUUCCAGAGGCGCCCGGCUCCGAGCUGCUGGUCAUCUCAGUGACCCAGAGGACCCACAACAACAUGACGUCCUGGUCUUCUGAGGUGGAACAGGAGAGGGAGCUAAUGCUGGAGAAGUUUGUCCGGGGAGCAGAGGAGAUGUGCGUGGCUCUGCAGAAGGAGGGAUUCUGGGCGGACUUCAUCGACCCGUCCUCCGGCCUGGCGUUCUUUGGCCCGUACACCAACUGCACGCUGUUUGAGACGGAUGACAGGUACCGCCACCUGGGCUUCCAGAUCGAGGACUUGGGCUGCUGUCGAGUGAUCCGGCAUCCUCUGUGGGGGACACAUGUUUUCGUGGGGACCAUAUUCACCAACGCCCCCCCCAGCACCUUCAGGACGAAGCUGCAGACGACCGUAAUUAAAAGUAGAGAAGAAGAAGAAGCUCCGCGGCUUCCGGACGUUGGUAUCUGCCCGCUAACCAGGCUGCAGAGGAAGCUUCACAGAGCCGCUGGCAGCAGUUGGGUUGAAGGCCUGCAGAUGGCUGGCUUUCUGGAUAACUUCCGCUGGCCGGAGUGCGAGUGCAUCGACUGGGGCGAGAGGAGGAACGCCGUGGCCUCCGUUGUGGCUGGAACGCUGUUCUUCACCGGCUGGUGGAUCAUGAUCGACGCAGCAGUGACCUAUCCGUCCCAGCAGGAGAUGAACCACGCCUUCCACACCUGUGGCGUCUUCUCCACCAUCGCCUUCUUCAUGAUUAAUGCCGUUUCUAAUGGCCAAGUGAGAGGAGACACCUAUGGAGAAGGAUGCCUGGGCAGGACAGGAGCUCGUGUCUGGCUCUUCAUCGGCUUCAUGGUGAUGUUCGGCUCCCUCAUCGCCUCCAUCUGGAUCCUGUUUGGGGGCUACGUGGUUCCAAAAAAAGAGGUGGCCCCGGGUUUGGCCGUCUUCUUUCAGAAUGCCUUCAUCUUUUUCAGCACUCUGAUCUACAAGUUCGGCCGGACCGAGGACCUGUGGGGUUAGAGCUCAGCCUCUGGCCCCCCUGUGAGCAGGGAAGCUCCAGGAGUUUGUAAAAUACUUCCCCAGGCCUUCCAGGGGCUUCGGUCCCCAUGACCACUGUUCAGGGCCAGUGACUGUAACGACAGCUUCAAACACUGCUGGGGUAUUUCAGCUCUCAGAAGCUGGAGCUUCUUUCAUUUUGACCGUAUUUUGACCACAUUCUACGAAUCAUCUGGUGUCAGUGGUCAGCUUCUGUUAGUAAAUUCCUCUAAAAUUACCGUAUUUUCCGCAUUAUAAGGUGCACCAAAAUGUCAGUGACAUAUUGUUUUUGCAACAGGUAACAUAAAACAUUCUGAUACGUUACCGUAAAUCAGAGGUUAGUGCAUCACAAUAUAUAGCAGCUAGCUUAAAUCUAACCACCUUUUCUUGUUAAAAAACAAACCAACCACCUGUUGUCGUAGUUAGGAUCAGAUUCAACGUUUACCUUUAAUUUAAACACUUUUAAGGGCCUCCUUCUCUCACUGCGUCCACUUUUAAAACGGGGACUAACAGAUAUGUUUUUGUGUAGUCCCCAGAAUUGAAGUGUUUUAGGCGCCUCAUAGAGCGGAAAAUACGGUAAUUAUUUAUAGAAUAAGGAAGAAUCUGUGAUGAGGGCUGGAAGCAAGAGGAGCUACAGCCGUGUGUACAUUUAGUUGGAUCCCAGAAGUCUGUUGUACAUUUCUCUGAUUUGUUGAACUGCUUUUAUUUUAAGGUGUUCUGUGUAAAUAUGAUUUGUCCUUUAGAGUCACGAUCUCUGCUCCGAAGUUUGGAGAGCAGAAGAGAAGGGAAAAGGGAAACUAGAGGACAGAGGAGCCGGCUCCAGGAAGCCGCCAUCUUUGUUUUCUGCUGCUCUCAAAGACAGAAACAACAGAUUUUCUGUUAUUGUCUCACACAGAUCCUGGUUUUAAUCACUCCUUUGGAUAAACUCCCCCAAGAAGUCUUAAGUGGGUUAAACCUGCUCAGACCCCCUUUGUAAAGUAGAUUUUAGAUAUUUAGUGAUAAACCCCUCACAAAGCCCCCUUUGUCCUCCAUGUGUUUUACUGUGGGAAUAUCUUUGUACUGCAGUCAGUUUGUAUGAAAAGUGUAAAACCAGUAAAUUCUGAUGCAAUGACUCCAGCUGUGGACCGUUUGUUUAAGCUGGAGGAGC